UCAAAACCGAAGAAAAAAAAAUAAAAAUAAAAAAUCAUUCCUCUUACAUAUCUGGUAGCGAGAUACCGGGUGACAGGCGAUUAGCCGGCGUUCCUUGGCUUCGUAAUUUAUAAAUAAAAACAAUAAUUUUGCGAAGCGAUAACCGCGAUCGACAGAUAUCGGGGUGCGAACCAAUGAGCGAGGGGAGCCGGGGUUCAGAAAGACAAAACCCGCGGACUCGACGAAAAGUUCGACAUUCUUUCAUUUCACACGCGGGGAUUCUUCGCCGGCGAUCCAACCCGGGCCGAUUCUCCACGGAGGAGUACCGAUUUUCAUCCUCAACCUUAAAGAUCGCCAAGACUGAACAUGGGCUUCGAUUUCUUGGCAGAUGGAGGCGCCGACUUCGAACAUGCCAUCACCGUCACAGGUUUCGGAAAAUUUCAUUUCUCGCUGCUCGCCGUCAGCGGGCUGAUCUAUAUGAACACUGCGAUCGGCAUAACGAUAUUGUCCUUCGUUUUACCGGCCGCAAGCUGCGACUUGGAGAUGGACUCGACGGCGAAGGGAUAUUUGACCGCGGCUCCUAUGCUGGGUAUGGUAAUCGGUUCCUACAUUUGGGGCUGCUUGGCUGACACUAAGGGUCGAAAAGUGGUGUUGAUAGCAACGUUGCUGAUGGACGGGAUCGUCGGUGUGAUUUCAUCCUUUGUCCAGUAUUAUUGGGUGUUCCUGGUUUUCCGAUUCUUCAACGGAUUCGCCAUAACCGGUGCCAUGGGAAUCUGCUUUCCUUACCUUGGAGAGUUUCAGCCGACGAAAUACCGGGAGAAGAUCCUUUGCUGGAUGGAGAUGUUUUGGACGGUUGGAGUGAUAGUCCUGCCUCUUAUUGCAUGGCUGAUCAUCCCGUUGAACGUGACGUACGAGUCGGACACGUUCUACUUCAAGUCAUGGAACCUCUUCGUCAGCAUCUGUGCUCUUCCAUCGUUGAUGAUCGGUCUAUGGCUUUUCGCCUUCCCGGAGAGCCCGAAGUUCCUCCUGGAGUGCGGAGAAUACGAUAAAGCCUUGGACGUCCUGCGGCACAUAUAUGCACAGAAUACCGGAAACGACCCCUCAACCUAUCCGGUGAAGAGUCUCCGCGAGAAGCCCAACGCCCCCGAGAGGAGCCCCCGGAAACUGAAGCUCCACAAGCGGAAGGAACUCUCUCAGCUCAUGGCCGAGGUCUGGGACAUGACCAAGGCCCUCUGCAGGCCCCCAUAUCUUCGCAACACCUGGAUCACCUGCGUCAUCCAGUUCGGUCUUACCAGCAGCUACUACACACUGAUGGUCUGGUUCCCAGAGCUGUUCACCAGGUUCGAAGAGUUCGAGCUGAAUCAUCCGGGAGAGUCGACUUCGGUCUGCAUAGUGUCAUCGCUGGAGGACAACUCGACAUCGAGCGAUCCUUAUGGGUGCCAAGAAGAGAUAGCGAGCUCGGUAUACCUGCACACUGUCUACAUCGGCCUAGCCUGCAUCCCUGGUUCCAUAAUACUUCCGCUUUUCGUUCACAAACUGGGGGCGAAGUUCUUCCUGAUUGCUUCACUGCUGAUAUCGGGUGCCGUGACGAUCGGCUUCUACUUCGUGAUAAACGCUGAUCAGAACCUGAUACUAUCCUGCAUUUUCGAGGCUCUCACUUCCCUCGGUAUCUCGUUACUCUACUGCAUAAUCGUUGAUCUGUUCCCAACAAAUCUCAGGGUGAUGGCAGCAGCUUUGUCACUGACGAUGGGUCGAUUGGGUGCACUGAUAGGUAAUCUUGUCUUUGGAUACCUGAUCGAUCUCGCCUGUGUCGUGCCGAUCGUCCUCUUCGCCGCUUUCCUCUUCAUUACCGGCUUACUGUCGUUCAUGCUGCCAAAAACCGGGAAAGAGACUUUAGAGUGAUGAAUGGAACCAAUGGUUUGAACAAGACGUGCGAGUUUAUUACGCGAAAACCAUAGUAUUAAUCGUAACUUUUUUCAUUCAUUAAUGCAGUUCCUCUUCAUUUUUCAUUUCAAAAUCGCACACAUACAACCCGCACACGAUGUGUAUUAAAUUAUGAUUCAUUUCCAUCAUCGUUUCUUUCUUUCUUUCAUUUUUCUAGCAUCGUAGUCAUAUUCAUGCGAGGAAAAUUCAGCUGUCUCUUGAUUAUGAGUGAAUGGGAGUUCAUUCGCGAUGCCAAAGUACAUAAGCUACCUCGCCACAUUCAUAUACGUACAUU